AUGAUUCAUGAUGAAGAUGAACUUAUCAGAAAAGAAUUAAAAUCAUUUGAAAAUAAAGUUGAUAACUAUGUAGAAGAUGGUUUUUGUUUAGCUUGUGGUCAAUUUACAUCUCAUUAUUUUAGACAUUGUAAUAAUAUUCAUCAAAAAUUUCAUGUUUAUAAAGUUAUAAUAGAUCUCUGUAAACCUUAUCCAAGAGAAUGGAAUAAAAUCAAUGGAGAAUGA